AUGAACCCGGCUGAAGCUGUCGGAGCAAGCGGCGGAGAUAUGGCGGUGGAGCUCGACCUUCUCUGCGGCCUGGAGGAGGAGUCAUCGGAGAAGAGGCCCUCCCCGGAGCUUGCCGAGAUGACGGCGGCGCUCCCAGUCCCUGAGGCCCGUCUCUUCCCGUGCCUUUACUGCCAGAGGAAGUUCUACAGCUCCCAGGCUCUCGGAGGCCACCAGAAUGCCCAUAAGAGGGAGCGCACCCUCGCCAAGCGCGGCCACCGCGGCACCGGCAGCGGCCCCGUUGCCGGAUACAUAGCGGCGGCGCCGUUGACGAGCUCCUGGUCGCCGCCGUUUCGCGGGGGCUUUGCCCUCGGCUUCCAAAAGUCCCAAUGGUCCGAGUCGGCGGCGGCGGGCUUGCUCUACGGAGGUCAACGCUGGCAGGGAUCGCUCGCCGUGAGGCAGUCCGCCAUGGCGGAGGAGCUCAACGUCGGUGGCGGCGCCGCCUCGUCGGCCCCUUCGAGGGUUCGCACGGCGGCGGCGGCGGCGGCGGCGUUCGAGGGAUCUCUCCGCGCGGGAAGCUACUGGUGGGGGGAUGAUCGAGUUGACGCGGCGAGUGGCGUCAAACCGGGGCAGGAGGAGGUGAAGAAGAUCGACUUGACGCUCAGGCUCUAG